GGUACUGGAAGUCCUGGUGGCAGUACGGGUGGUGGAACUGCAAGCGGUGCUGGCGGAAUUGCGAUUGAUUACUGUCAAUUCCAUCAAUGUGUUAAAUUAGGCCGUUUUGAGACUGAACAUACCAUUUCCUUCAUUCCUCCGGACGGGGAGUUCGACCUUAUGCAUUAUCGGACUACUAAGGAAAUCAAUCUUCCUUUUCGUGUAAUUCCUUUAGUCCGCGAGUUUGGCAAGACAAAACUCGAAGUGAAGGUAGCUGUGAAAGCCAACUUCAAACCAGCCCUAUUCGCCCAGAAGGUGGAGAUUCGAGUUCCAACUCCUGUGAAUGCAAGCGGAGUUCAAGUAAUUUGCUUAAAAGGCCAAGCCAAAUAUAAAGCAGCGGAGAAUGCAAUUGUUUGGAAGUAA